AUGUCCAAGACCGCCUACGCUCAGAUCCACACAGCAAGAUUCGGCAAGGCUGAGGAGGACGUCGCGCCCCUGACGUUUGUGAAGCCUCUGACUGACUUGUGCCUUCAAUCUGCUGCCCUCAAUUUCAAAAGUCGCCCGACGUUUGCCGGGAUUCCUGAGAAGUUCAAAGAGAAUCUGUGCAAGCUGAUCCCAACAGACCUGCCUCUCCAGGUCUCAGCACCACUCAUAGAGUCCGAUGUCUACUGGAAGCGAUGCGCCUCUGAUCUGUUUCAGAAUUGCCUUCCCCAAGAGCAUGGUCAUAGCUGGAAACAACUCUUCUUUGAACGAACAGCCGAGGAGGCGAUUGAGAAUUUUGACGGGAGCCAGGAGGCCAUGGAUGCUCUCAUCGAACUUCUCCUCACCUCUCGCGAUUUCAUCUACAAACUUCAAAUUCGACAGUUCUCAUCGCACGCCGACGUUUCUUUUCUUUUCGAUGCCCUUCCAAAUCUGUACAGUUUGAACAUCACGUAUGGGUCUAAGAAUGUGGGCAUGAAGUAUGAGAGAUCGAUCUUCGGGAUGAAGCUAACAGAUGCCGAACUUCUCGCCCAGCAGCUGGCGAAGACAGAGACGUUGACGACUUUGAUCCUCAAUGAGAAUAUGCUUGAUGACGAAAAAGUCAGAAGGCUCGUGGUGGGUUUGAGAGACAACAUUACCAUCACUCAUCUCGAUCUGAGCCACAACAAGAUCUCUGACAGGGGAACAAGAGCUCUUUGCAAGUGUCUGGGAAAGGAUAGCGUCAUAUCCACUCUAAUUCUCUGUGACAAUCACAUUCACUCGGAAGGAGGAAAGUUCCUCGGAAGGAGCUUGCAAACCAACACUUGUCUCAUCAACCUGAACCUAAGACUCAACAGACUUGGAGAGAAAGGAGGAUGUUACAUCUUCGAAGGGUUGAAGAGCAAUUCUGCGUUGAGUCACCUUCACAUCGGAGGAAAUGGGCUUGGUGAUGGAUCAGGGCAGGGGGAAGCUGUGAGGAUCUUUGCGGCAAUGCUUAGGCUCAACUCAAGCAUCGAGUUCGUUGACAUCUCCAGCAACGCACUAGGUCCAGAGGGCGGGAUGAUACUGAGAGACGCGCUGGAGGAGAACACAAAGAUGAAAAACAUGGACGUGCGCGUGAACAAAAUCUCACCUGAGGUAAGAGAGCUUUCUUCUUUUCUUGCUUCAACUUUCUCCUGA